CAGGGGACGAAACGACAGCGUUUCACACUUACGGAGUUAUUGUAGUCGCUUUUGGAACAAAUCUCUCUCCGUCUUCAGACCAAAACGAAGGCUUUCUGCAGAUUUCAACCGCAGCCAUGGCGAUGCAAGCUGGAAUGGGGUUUUCCAAGAUCAUAAUCUUAGUCGGAGCAGGGUACACUGGUACGUUGAUGCUGAAAAAUGGUAAACUUUCUGAUGUACUGGGCGAACUUCAGGCUUUGGUGAAAGGAUAUGAAGAAAAGCAGGGGGGUGGAGCUGAAAUUGAUCAUUCGGAUGCAAUUGCUGCCCAGGUUCGUCGAUUAGCAAUGGAAGUUAGACAGAUGGCUUCGUCAAGGCAGAUCACUGUUCUGAAUGGUGGUUCUAGUGGUAAUGUAACAUCUUUAGUGGUACCAGUUGCUACCUUGGGAGCUGUGGGUUAUGGAUACAUGUGGUGGAAGGGUUUUUCAUUCUCAGAUCUCAUGUAUGUGACAAAGCAAAAUAUGGCAACUGCUGUCUCAAACUUGACAAAACAUCUGGAACAAGUGUCAGAUGCCCUUGCUGCAGCCAAGAAACACUUGACACAGAGGAUCGAGAACUUGGAUGGAAAACUGGAUCAGCAAGUGGAAAUAUCAAAGUUGAUUAAAAGUGAGGUGACUGAUGUCCGUGAUGAUCUUUCCCAAAUAGGCUACGACUUGGAUUCACUAAAUAGAAUGGUUUCUGGUCUGAAUGGCAAGAUAAUGACAUUGGAAGAGAAGCAGGAUCUGACUAACCUUGGAGUGUGGUACCUCUGCAACAAGGCUGAUGGAAAUAAGAUCUCUGGCAAGGCACAGGAACAAUUCCGACUUGCUGGUAAAUCCUUUGCUGGUUAUCUCACGUCUGGGGGAAUGCUAAAUCUUGAGGGCGUGAAGGAAAUUGCCGACACUUUAGACUCAGAUGAUGGUUCCUUGGGGUCGGACAAACAACCAAGAAGGCUGACCAGGAAAAAUACGGUCAAAUUCAGUUCUUGAACGGAACAAAGAGGAUAUAGUGAAGAUUACGAAAGAUACAAGUCGUAUACACAACGUGCAUGAUACUUAUAUAUUCUUUAUGCCCAAUAAGCGAAAGCGUUGGAAUGUAGUUUAAUCAUUUCGUGGGUGGUAUAUAUGUAUAUACCUUGAAAGAUGCAUAAAGCUACGAUUUGUCGCUGCGUGUUGUAGUGAUGUUUUUAUCUAUGGUGAACGUAUGUAUGCAUUUGGAGUUGAUCAUACCCAUGAAGACAUUGUAAAUUGUUUUUCGAUGCACAAAUUUUGCGU